CAAGUGCUGGAAUAAACAAACCAGAGGAAGGGAAUUUGUUGUUAACUUCCGAAACAUUUUGACCAAGACUUACGGAAAUUUUACGACUUUCCUUUUUCGGGAGUUAAUAUUACAAUCAGCAUAUAUUUGCUAAUCUUUUUAAUUAUCCUUUAUUCUGAUGGAUAAAUCAAUUGAAAUGGACAAAGCAAAGAGAAUCGGCGAAUUUGAAGACGAGGUAGAUAAUCAUGAAACUGGUAAAAUGGGAUUAUUUCGAUGGUUGAAUAGACUAAGAACGCGUCAUCAUCGUUCCCGACAUGCCUUAUUCUGGGUUUUGACCGUUUCCUUUUUGUGUUGUGUUCUUUACUUCAACCACCAAGGCUUGGCCACUCUCAACAAUGCCCAGUACGAGAUAGAAAGUGCGAAUGUUAGGAACAUUCGUCCCGGAGAAGCAGCAGCCAGGGUCCCUAAGGCAAUAGAAGGACCCCCUCCAAAUCCCUUUGAAGAAAAAGAAGAUGAUGAUGAUCUUGAUCUUCGAUCCGACCUCGCACCGGCUACCUUACAUUAUAUUUGGUGUGGUCGAAGAACUUUUGAAUACAAACAUUAUCUGGCGAUUAAAAGCGCCAACCGUGCUGUAAAACCAGACAAGAUUUUCUUUUAUUAUGAAACUUUACCGGAAAUGGACCCCGAGGGCUAUUUUCUAUGGUUCAAUCAAACAUUAUUGGAAAUAGAUCAUUUAUUACCACGCCCGUUGAACUAUUCAUCAUGUCCGCAAAGCGGUGCAGACAGAUAUUUAUUAGUGUUGGAUAUUCUGGAGAAAAAUGGCGGAAUUUACGUUCCGGAGGAUGCAUUAUGGGUAGAUUUCCCAGUACAUCUGCGAACCAACCCAUUGGUAACCGGUGUGACGGCGCGUAAUCCUACAUUAUUCGAGGAUGGUAUCAUCGUCGCUAAGAAAGGUGGCUUCAAAAAGCCCACGAAUCCAGAAGAGCUUUUAGUUGUUCUGAGUUUAGGAAAGCAUGAACACGGUGGGAUCAAACCCUGUGCAUCCCAAGAAGAAUAUGCCCGUGAUGUCACUGGUGACUUUAUCUGUGUAAAAGUGUCCGCUCCAUUAUUUCCCAAAGACAUAUGGGAAGAUAACUCUAGAUUUGGAAUGCUGUCCCGUGUGGUGGCUUAUGGAGUUCCAACUAUUACUGUUAAGCACAAGACCAAGACGUCAAUUCCACGCAUUGCUCAUUUUAUCUGCUUAGACACCUGUGAACUCCGUUUUAUCGCUUACCUGAGCAUGUUAAGUACCGUUUACGUGGCCGGACUACAUAAAGUUUAUCUGCAUGGUGUUCGCGAACCUUCUGGAAAGUGGUGGGCAAAACUUAAAGGAGAUCCGCGGUUCAUUUUUGUGUUCCGCGAAUACCCAGAAGCCAUAUAUGACAAAUCUGUGAUGACGCCACAUUUAGCUAAUGGAAUCAUGAAAAUCGCCAUCUUGUUGAAAUAUGGCGGCAUAUAUCAGGAUCAAAACGUUCUUUGGACACGACAAAUUGAUGACCAUUAUUUCGGAUAUGACGCAAUCGCUUCCCCGGACUGGCAUAUGUACGGAAGUUGGCCUGAUUCUGUUAACCAUGGUGUUAUUCUAUCAAAGCGCAACUCAGAAUAUAUGUUUCGUUUACGCCAAACUCUACAAAAAUAUAAAAACAAUCCAUUUUGGUUUAACGACCAUUUUAUGUCAUAUAAAAUAAUCGAAAAACAUCCAGAAACAAUUUUUCUGGAUAGACAUUUACAAGUUAAAUGCUUGAACCACAACUGUCAUCCAACAUGGCAGCCGCAUUACCGAUCCGGGUUAAUGCAAAAUAAGCCAGGUGCUCCAUUUAACUGGCAAAAUGACACUUUAAGUAUCCAUUGGACGGAUACAUUUCCGGAACUCGAUGCUGAUAUGGUGAAAUAUACGAGCGGAGCCAUAGUGGAAGCUAGUAGAAACAUUUUAUUACGAGCAGGAAUUGAUAUACAGACACUAUGAUUCUUUAAUUUAUUUCUACCAUCUUUAAUUUGUGUUCUGGGUCCAAAUAUAAGUUUGUCUUUUAAAAAUCAACUCCAUUAAAUGAUUCCAAAGACGCACGAUGAAUUCCGAACAUAAUAACAAAAAUUUCUGUGAGUCGGUUUCGCGUAAGCAAAAUGUGUUCAGUUUGCUAAAUGGUUCAAUGUAAUACGGAAAAUCUCCGUUACAAUUUGUUAUUGUUCAGUAAAUUCCGUCUCAGGCCAAUGACAAUUAGAUUCUGUAAGAGUCUUUUAAGUGCCGAAUAUACGCAAAUGACUGGCGAAUUGUUUCUACAGAAAUGGAUAGACCAUCAUAUCAUGUGGUCGGCGUGUCUCUUAGUUAGCUCUCUAUAGAGUAACUUAUUUUCCAGUAAGGGAUACUGGGAUACAGAUACUUGUGAUUUUUUCAUGAUCCGACAACCAAGUAGAGACUGGCUGGAGUGGGUGCGUAGGGUUUCGGCUAGAGCUCGAUGUGUCAUUUCUAAGCCCUAGCGACAGAAAGCCCCAGACGGCUGAAUGGGUGGUUUGAAGGUGAGACUUGUCGAGUUCGUUCCACAAUGAGCUAACCCUCUCAGACAAAACCGUUACUUACCCUAAUGACAUUAUGUGACUAAUUACAAUGAAAACGCGUUCAUUAGCGAGUGUGAAUAUGAAUAAAGUAUAUUGAUAUAGAUCGGUCGCUUUCAUAAAGUGUUCAUUAUUUUUUUUUAUAGCAUUUUACACAUGAUUUAACUGAUAUUCGCUUUAAUUUCAUAAAAACCAUAGAUCGAAUUCCACUAUUUUUUUUAUUCAUUUCAUCUCAAUGCAUUUUAAAGUUUUCCCAUGUGGUCAAGGAGAACAUUGUUUCCAGCGGUUAUAAGAUUGCUUUUUGAAAACGAAAUAGUUUUAUUUUGGUCUUUCCUCCGGCGCCCUGCUGUACCUACCCCAGAUAACACCCUGGCUAUAUCAAUCUAUCUAAUUGGCUUCAGACUAGUAAUUACCACCUCAUUGACUUUAAUGUUAAAUCCCUGCCAUACCUUAUAACAUUAUUGAGCAUUCACAGUUAUCUUGACCAUCUGGAAUGUUUUGGGGAUCUACAGACUCUGGCUUCAUUUCGUAGGUGACUUCCCUAAUACAGACCUGUGUAUUUCUUGAUGCUAGAUCAAGAAGUCAAUGAAAAGCGACAUGCACUGGGGGUGAUUGGCAAAAGAGAGAAAUUGUUAUUAGUAAAUCUUGAAAUGGGUGGAAAUAAUUGCAAGACUUAACCGGGAGUAUUACAGGGAAUUAUCAUGUUUCCUCUCGAUUAUUUUGACCAAUGGAAGGUAUCUGUAGCGAAGAGAAGACCAAAUGAUCCAGGAUCCAUUAUCGAGAUGAUUUUAUAUACGUAUCGUUUUUAUGUUAAAGUAUAUGUUAUUCACACUGGAAAUAUAUUUAUCAAUUUAUAUUUUAUUCGGUUACCAAGUAUACUAUUAUGCAUGUAUGAAAUAUUAAAAGUAUGGCUUCACACUCUACAUUUAUGUGUAGUUUAAUGUUUCGCACGAGACCAUUAAACAACUUAAAAUACAGAUACUAUCUAGCACGUGUAUUUCAAUGAAAUACGUCACGUGGGUCCAAUAUUUCAACUAGUAUAAAUAAUGUACGCUUGGCAAAUUGCCCGUGCCAUUAUCAAAGGAUGACGUCACAUGAAUCUGAUUAAAA